CCGAAGCACUCCGAAGACAGUGCACCAGCAGAUCGCGCACGGUUCGCACCUGCAAUUAAAUGCAUUGCAUCGUCAGACGCGCAAAUCGUGUAGCGCUGUUGAAAGUCUUGCGGAUCGGGCUGAUCGCUCUGUUACCGUUUUCCACGCGCGAAUUAUCCAGACGCCUGCGCUUGCGCCAAUUGCGCGACUUUUUUCAAGUGCUCGAAAGUGAAAUGUGCCGAAUUUGAGCUUUGGAUUGAUUCUUUGCGGCAUUUCUCGGACAGUUCUCACUCGAAUAUGAUGAAAAAACCGCCUGGAUUAUGGGUGCUACUAUCAGCAGGAGUUUUGUGGCUAUGCUUCCAAGAUGUGAGCUGUGUUCGUGCGACAUCCCUGAUUUUCGGCAAGAGUACAACAACAACGACAACAACAGCACCGGAUGCAGCAAAUUCAACCACUUCAGUUGCAGAUGAGAAUGACGCCGUGAGCGACGUGUCGACAGCCAACUCCACCAAACCAAUGCUGACCGGCAUCCCGCAAGUGGAUUACCAAUUCGACCCGAAUCUUCCACGCGAGCUCAACGGUUUCAAUCUGACCGAGUAUCCAUUCUACGAUCGCUUGCCCGAGGAGAUCGACUUCAAAUGCGAUGGCUUACACGACGGUUUCUACGCCAGCGUGCCGCACAAGUGCCAGGUUUACCACCACUGUUUGUUCGGCACACGCUAUGACUUCCUCUGCGCUAACUAUACAGCCUUCGAUCAAAAGACCUUCAUUUGUCACUUUGCCUCCGAGGUUGACUGCGCCAAUUCAAAGAACUUUUGGCAUAGAAAUGAUGCACUCUACAAAGCCCAAUCCACUACAACAAUCAAACCAGCGUAUAAUCCAAGUGUUUAUACGCCGCCAGCGCCACCAGCUAUUUUAAGUGGGGGAAAACAACGCCCUCAGGCGCAAGUACCAACCGCACAAGGAGGCGGGCCACCACGUAGGCGUAAACCAGCUCGUAGACGUCGCCCACAAUAUGAUUACUAUGAUGAAUAUGAUGAAGAAGAAGAAGAGUACUAUGAUGACCCAAGAUACACAGCGACAGAAGCACCAAUGCGUGGUGAGGGUAGAAGACGUACAAAACGACCACGCCCACGUCCACGCCCCAUUUACGAUGAUGAAUAUGAAGAAUAUGAGGAUGAACGUUAUGACCGUCGACGUGCACCCGCACGUAGAGUACGCCCUUCAACUUCUCGUAGGAAUAAAGAAGAACGUAGAAAAUACGAAGACGAGUAUGAAGAGUACGAAGAUGAAGAUCCCCGUUUUGAUAGAAGUGAAGAACGUCGUGUGAAGAAACCCAAAGAUGAUAGGAGAAGACCACGUCCAAGUAGAAAGGGUUUCAGAAGACCUGUUGAUGAUGAUUAUGAAGAUGAAGAAAGACGGCCUCUCAAGAGGAAAGAAGAACCACCUACAGCCGCGGGACCAACCGCAGAAGACAAAACAAUGGUUAAAUCAGUAGGGACUUCCGUUUAUGAUCGCCCUAGAGUAGCUCCCAAGAUACGCCCACCCGCAGCAAAAAAGGACGCGGAUAAAUACACUAAAACAACUGCUGCGCCAUCUACAACAUCAACACCCGCUAAACCCGCAGAGGAAGAGGAAUACUAUGAAGAUUAUGAAGAAGAAACAUCUAAACAACCAACCCGGGCAGCUUCAGCAAAAGAUUCCCAAGCGAAUGCUUCAAUAACUUCAAAUUCCCGAAAGAAUAAACCUGCUGAUCGCACAAGGAGUCGUCCUAAACAACAACGUCGUCCACCACCACAGGAUGAAUACGAUUAUGAAGAGCAGGAGAAGCCUCGAAGGGCGCAGAAGCCAAAAAAUGAGGAGCGACGUGUUGGACAAGGAAGUCGUAAAAGACCAGCAACGAUGGACUACGAAGAUGAAGAAAGAGAACCGGAAAAGGAAGUGUCAAGCACUCAAUCAACGUCAACAACCACAACGCGGAGGAAAUACGGAAACAAAGAUUUGUUCCGUUCUAAACCCACAUCAACAACAACAUCUGCUCCAUCGACUACAACAACCACCACAACAACCACAACGACUACAACACCAGCACCGGUAUAUUCUAGGGAGGAUCAAAAACCGGUACGAAUUGUAAAGCGGCCAUUUUUACCAAGUCGUGGCGGUAAUCCCUACAUCGCUCGGGGUCUGCAACCCGUCGGACUGAAAUCUCAAGAGAGUCAAGUGGAGUUAACCCGAUUUGAUGAAGAAGUUCUUAAGCCACUCAAACAACAAAGAAAUAAACCACAACAAGAUGUCGUUGUGGAAGACUACCGUCCUCCUGCACGUCCUGGGUUUGUCAACCGUGGUACCGUGAAAAUGCAGCCACAACCGCAGAAACAGGAAGAAAAGAACCCGCUGGAUAUAACAGGUGAUGAUAACGAAUACGAUGUGACGUUAAACGAUGCCCUCAAUCCUACACUACCCAAUCUCCCGCUGCGACAAUUCCCCACCGGGUUUGCCGGUUCUGGUGGUAACAACGUCAACAACGAAUAUACUUUCAGUGCCUUCCACCGGCCUCGCUUCGUCGUCGACGCGACGAUAAACUCGGCCAGCUCGGAAUAUCAAUAUCGAUACAAGCAACCGCAAAUGGUGGCCGUGCAGCAGACUGUGAAAAGUACACAAUAUCCCACACAACAUCAAAUCAGGCAGCCCGAAAGCCACCAGGACUUUAACGCACAAUACAGCACAAACUAUCAACAUUUCAGGCCCAGCCCGCGCAUCACGCACGCGCACACGCAAGGCUACGCCAGCUACUGAAAUGGCGCCCAACGAACUGUGAUGAUGAUGAUGAAGCGAUCGGAAUUUUUUGAAUGGAGAAUUUAAGUCAUUUAAUAACUAGAAUAUUAUCUUAACGAAUAUAUUUUCAAUCGCGUUUAUCGGCAACGAAAACAAUUAUUUAUAUGCGCAAAAGUAGCACUAUAGCAUUGCAAACAUCAUAGGUGUAAGUUUUCUGUUAGGUUAUGUCAAUAAGGUUGUUAUAAUGUAAAAUUUGUAAAGCAGAAAUGUAAUGCGUUAUUGUAAUGUGUGUAAAUAUAUUUUAUAUUGAUGAAAGAA